UGGUCUUUCCAAUCACUUCCCAGAAAACCUCGAAGAGAUCUCAACAUGUCUUUAAUUCAUGCUCUCGUAGCUCAUGGCUCCACAGUACUCGCUGAGCAUAAGAGUGGUCCAAGGGAUUUCUCGCAAGCGACGCAGACAAUCCUCUCGAAGAUACCUCCAAAUAACAGCAAGCUGACCUAUGUUUGGGAGCAAUACCUGUUCCAUUAUGUCUCUGAAGGAGGAUUCACCUAUCUGGUGAUGGCCGAUGACUCUGCUGGACGACGGAUGCCGUUUACAUUCCUUGCUGAACUCCAGCAAAAGUUCACCUCCCUCCCCUCCGCCUCCUCAUCCGAUUCCUUCGCCACCGCGCCUGCCUACUCCCUGCAAGGCACUUUCGGACCCACCAUCGCCCAGCUCAUGCAGCAGUACAACACGGCACCACCCGCCGACGAGCUCGCCCGCGCACAGUCGGAACUCGCCCAGGUCAAGGAUAUCAUGGUGCAGAACGUCGAGCAGAUCCUGUCGCGUGGAGAGCGCAUCGAGCUUCUGGUGGACAAGACGGACAACAUGGCAAGUCAGGCGACUGCGUUCAGGCGGGGCGCGCGGACGGUCAGGAGGAAGAUGUGGUGGAAGAACAAGAAGGUGGUCGGAUUGAGCGUUGUGGUCGCACUGGUCUUCACGUGGAUUCUUGCAGCACAGGUCUGUGGGGCCGGAUUGAGUCAAUGCAGGUCGAGCGGCUCGACACCCUGA